GCGCCGGAGGGAUCUCCGGCCUCUGUUGGCAGCAUAACCCGCUGCUCCGCCCAGCCUGGACGGGUGGGACGAGACGUGGAAGGCUCUGCCCUCCCUCUUGGCGGGGUGGAGCUCCAGCUCCUCCUCGCUUUCUGUGUUUGCAGCUCCUUGAGAGCCAGAGCAAGAGAGUUCUUGCCGCUUUCAGACGUUCCAAGAGCGGCUCUGCGCUCCCUUCGCCCUUCCUCUCUCGGGAAGCUCGGGAGACACGCGUGCUUCGCCUGGAUUCUUAUUGUUGUUGUUGUUGUUUUGUUAUUUCGGGGCAGCGGAAGGAGAAAAGCAUCGGGCGGUUUAAGCACGCUUGUUUUAACGAGUUUUUUUGGGGGGGGGGGAUGAGUUCAUUGUGGUUUACACGCGUUGUACACGCGUACGUCGGCAUGAGCCAGCCUAGCUUGAACACGAAGGUGGGGUUUGCGGGAAGAGGAAAGGCUGGAGCUGCAAAUCGCAGUGAGCUGUUGCGAGGGUGGGGGAGACACUUGCGCAGUCACGUCUCUCUAGGACUCCCCCGCGUGCUCUUUAUUUUUAUUUCACACUUUCACCCUACGCCAGCUUAGUGAAAGUGUCAGAGUGAAUCCUCUCCUCCCCACCACCCAGCCUGAUUAUUACCUGAAACCAGUGCUUUUUUUCUGGGGGGGGGAGCAUACCCCUAAACAUUUUGUGAAUCUUAAGUUUGGCCUCAUUGAGGGACAGUAUUUCAAUAUGAGUAGGAAAAUGAGAGUACCCCUAAACAAUUUUUAGGGGAAAACACACUGCCUGAAACGGUUUUUUGUAUUAUUAUUUUUUUGUGGGGGAGUGUUCCUUAAAAUCCCUGCAGGCUUACUGUGCUAUAAGCCUUCCUGCCACAGUCAAAUGGGCUAGCUUUUAACACUGCAAGUCUACUCAGAAGCAAGGCAGUUCCGCAGGUGUUCUUGAUAGUGGCUGUACAUUCUUGUAGCUUUCGCUUAUUUAAUUAACAAGAUUUGCAUGUUGCUUGAUGGUAAGAAAACCUGAGCAGUUUACAAAAAUACAAAAUGAAACCCAAGUUCUCAGUAAAAACAGGCCCUUUAAAACAUUCAAAAGAACUUUGGCAGGUAACAUGCCUAUAUAAACAGUCAAAGGGAACAAGAGUGCAGUUUUCUUGGACGGUCACCUUUGGAAAUGACCCAAGGCUGUGUAGGAAAUGAUCCUGGAGGAUUACUUUAUGACGGAAGAAGAACCUUUGGGUGACAAGACAGCUGAAGAGGAAGAAAUUGAUCUUUACGUUAACUUGACGUUCACUUCAACAGCUUACCUGGAGCAGACUGGAGGGAAAGUUCUGAAGAUAGAUGCAGAGCCUGUGGGUGGAUUUGAGGAGGUGAUGGUGACUGUUGGGGAAGAGAAAUGUGAAGCUCCUGAGGCAGAACCCAUGCUAGAAGAUGCGGCAGAGAAUGAAAGCCCUCCCACCGAGCCACAACAUACUUAUGAUGAUGAUGCUGAAGAAGAGGAGGAAGAGGAGGAGGAAGUGGCAAUGGCUGACCAAGAUGAGGAGUCUGCAUGGGAGGAGGAUCAUAAAAGCAAGGAAGCUGGAGAGCCAAACAACCUGGGAGACCCAGCAGUUAUGAGAGCUGUGCGUGGCCAACGUACAUUGGAGGGAGAAGAUUCUGCUGUCCUAGACAGCAGAGUUGCCAACGACCUCUCGGAUUAUCCUACUGAUUUCUUGACAGCUUCAAAAUCUUCCAUGUGGAAUUCUACCCGGAGAAGAGUUCAGUCACUGUCUAUGAUGGAGGCGCUGGACAGGGCUUCAAUGUCCCGGGUCAACCUAGAUCUUUUGGGCUCACCAGCACAGAGAAGCUAUCUAGACACAUCUGGCCUGGAGCGUUCAGGCUUCCGUGGGAGAACCUUCAAGUCCUCUUCUCAGCGCUUCAUGCGGCAGCAAUCUCCCACGAUGUCUGGCUCUAUGAGAUCACCUUACCUGUUCACUCCACCCCGCAGAACACGGCGUGUACUUGGCCUUAAUCAGACAUCUGCCUAUGCGUCUCCACCUCCAUAUACGCCCUUUUUUCCAAAUGUUAAUAGCCCAAGCUGGGCUAUGGCCCAUAAUCUUGACCCUCCACUCUUCAGUCCAACAUCUGGCAGCCAGCAGAAGUUCAGUGUUCCCAGUGCCAUGACACAACUUCACCCCCUGCAUCAACGGAUCCUGACCCAAAGACAGCGAGGGCAAGAAAGGAGAAUUCCCCGUAUGAAGCGCCAGCCGCCGAAGGUGGAUCCCUAUGCUGUGCUCAUGACUCCGGUAGAAAAAGACUGGGUGAUAAAGGUGCAAAUGUUGCAGCUUCAGAGUGACAACCUUCACAGGGAUGACUAUUAUUACCAGGAAUAUUAUCGCAAGCUGGAACACAAACAGGCAGAAAAGGGGCUUCUCGGAGGAUGCAAGACUGAAGUCCCCAAGCUAGUGACACCCUAUAUCCAGAAAGUGGAGGCAUACGAAUCUGUGGUGCGGAUACCAGGCUCCCUGGGCCAAGUGGCAGUGUCUACGUGCUACAGUCCCCGCAGGGCUAUUGAUGCCGUGCACAACAUCCCACUGGAACAGGCUGUGGGUAAUCAACGAUUGCAAGUGCUCUAUGAAAUUGAGAAGAUGUACCUGCAGCUUCUGGAUAUAGAAGAUGGUCAGCGGAAACUGGAGCAAGCACCGGAGGAGGAGCACCUCCACUUCUGUGAGAAAUUUGCGCAUGAGCUGGGACAUAUCUAUCAAGCCCUAAGAAUUGAAGAGCAGAACUCGGAAAAGGAAGCCAAAGAUGAAUUCCUUCAGAUCCUGCUUGUGGGAAAAGGCAAGAGGCUGGUGGCUCGUCUGUUGCCACACUUGCCGCAGGAGCAGGCCAAGCAGGUCCUUGUGAGCAUCACCCAGCACCUACCGUUUCUCCUUCAGAAGGACAUGAUGGAUGAGUCUCUGCCCAUUCUCUACGGUCCUCUCUGUGAUGUCAUUGAGCAGUUGACCUUCAGUGAGAUGAUAGACAUCUUACAGGAGCUAACCAGAUUGCAGCCGGAGUCUGUCCAGCAAUCGCUUGCUAUGGUGUUUGGGAACAAGUUUGCCAUCUCACUUCUAUACCUUCUCCUGAGUCACGGGGAGAGAUGUCUCUCCUCCGGAAUGCCCCUGAAGCCCCGCAAUGGAGACUUUGAAAAAUGGGUGGAUACAGUGCUCCUUGUGGCUAGGGAGCUUUCUCAGGUACCCAAGGCGUCGAUGGUAGAGCCAUUUCACCUCCCCAGCAACCUCCUUUUUCUCUUCUGCCGCUAUGUAGACAAAGACAUGGCAAACCACUUAGAUGCCAAGAUGGAGUAAGUUUUGGGCAUUGACAGAGAGCAGGUACUUGGAGGAGUGGGGGAAGAGCAUGUCAUGUAGAGUGGCUGGGGAAACCCAGCCAGAUGGGCAGGGUAUAAAUAUUAUUUAUUAUUAUUACCGUACUAUUGCUAUUGAAGCAAGUAAACUUACAUACAGUGGAGGCUGUAUUAGGUUGAAUGGGGUACUAUCCCACCAACCUCACCUCGGUCAGGCGACUGCCUGUCUCCUUAAAACCACCCAGUGGGGUGACCCUUAAUGUCGGGGUUUGCCUCCUCACUCUGUUUUGCCAUUUGUUAAUUCGGCAGGGAGAGUGAUGGAGGCCAAACGAGAACCAGCUGGUCUCAUUGGCUCUGGCUUCCCCUACUGUUGGUCUCCCUGCUCUCCACCCCGCCAGUCCAAAUGGGCACCAGUCACCACCGCUGACACAAAUAACAUGGCAGAACCCAGAUGUAAGGCAAAGCUGCAAAUUGGAACACUACUGCUGUUUUCCUUUGGUCUCCUCUCAUGAUGGAUCCCUCUUUAUGAUGGCUUGUCGCUCUUGGAAAUGAAGGGCUCAUAAUGGGCAAUAGGGGUUCAUUGUUUUCCCUACCAGAAAACUCCCUGCUUUCCUAAUGCUUAUUUUCAUGUUCAACAUGCUACACUGCACUAUAAGUGUUAGAACAUUGGCCCCAUUAGCUCAGUAUUGGCUACCUCGACUGCCAGAGGUGCUCUCGGGUUUCAGAUGAUGGCUUCUCCCAGACCUACCUGGAGAUGCCUGGGACAGUCUGCUCUACCACUGACCACUGUCCUCUUAACAUUGAAGGAUCCUUGCUAUUGUUUGGGUUGACUUCUUGCCUCCUUCUAGCACAGCCAAGAGAUUGCAUAUAUUGAUAUGUGAGAUACUUUGAGGGCCUUUAGGCUGCUGUGAGCGCCAUACAUUUUAGGAUAGCGAUGCUGUUCUCAGGAGAACUCUUCCACGUUGUAAUUUCUUUUAGGUGGGCUUCCUUCUACUACCUGGCUGAGAACCUUGGUUCAUGACUAGCAGAAUGAGAGCUGUGGAAUGGCAGCAAGCCCUGGCCAAAGCAGGCUGGGGGAAGCUAUAAGAGCCCUUGCUCAAGUGCUUCCUGUUUAAUAUCCUUGUACAGUGGUACCUCGGUUUAUGAACACAAUUGGUUCCGGAAGUCUGUUCAUAAACUGAAGCAUUCAUAAACUGAAGUGAACUUUCCCAUUGAAAGUAAUGGAAAGUGGAUUAAUUCGUUCCAGACGGGUCCGCGGAGUACUCAACCUGAAGCGUACUUAACCCGAAGCAUGGGUGUAAUUGUUUCUGGAAGUCUGUUCAUAAACGGAAGCGUUCAUAAACUGAAGUGAACUUUCCCAUUGAAAGUAAUGGAAAGUGAAUUAAUCUGUUCCAGAUGGGUCCGCGGCGUUCGUAAACGGAACAUUCGUAAACCGAGGUGUUAACAAACCGAGGUUCCACUGUAUGGUUCACAUUCUACACCUGCAAGCAUGGUCCUUUGCAAAUGAUGGCCCCGUUAUGAGCUGGUUUGCUAAAUAAACAUGGGAAUCAGGGUAGUAGCUGACAGCUGGGUGGCCAGAAACUUAUGUGAGCUUCAUGUUUUGCAAAUAUAAUUGUGGAGCAGUUCCUUCUACUUGGUAAAAUGGGAUAAAAGGAGAUUGGAGAGAGCUCUUCACUGGGGAUGCCACAGAAUAGCUGAAGCCUUGCAGCAGGCAUAGCCAAUGUGGCGCCCUCUCAAUGUUUUGGACUACAACUCCUGUAAUCUCUUGACCAUUAGCUACACUGGCUGGGGCUGGUGGGCGUUGUAUUGCAAAACAACAUGCGGGGCACUACAUUGGCUAACCUUGCUUUACAGAACGCAGUCGGCCACUGAUGGGAACUAAUUUCCCCCUUUGGUUCCUGAUUUGCUUUCCUUUAUGUUUCAGGUGAUUGGCUUCGGCCUUCAAGAGCUAUCGCAACACUUGGAACCUCCUUUGUUGCUGCAGCGUGACCGUUGGUGGUAGUUACAGUCGUCAGGAGGGUUGGCUGUAGCUAGAACACAGUGGUUGUUUAAAGAAAAUAAUUAUUUAAUUCACAAAUUCUGCUUUUGUUUGUGGUACGACAUGGUCCCCCCCCCAAAAAGUGCUCUGUGCCAAUAUUGUAGAUAUUCAGUGCUAGCUCAGUAUGUAAACUCAGGCUGAAAUGAGUGAACACAGGCUUGCCCGUACAGUAAAUACUAGGUUGUGGGGGGAUGAACUUUGUUUUUUACAAGAUCUUGUGUACAGCACUUAUACAAUAAAAGCAAAUAAAACUAGUUUGAAAUAUUGGAUCUUGAAGGUGGGGGGGGGGUGCGCAUAGUUACCCUAAGAAAUAUUGUGCAUGUAUUCUUUGUUAAUAUUUAACUUUUCCUACAGAUGUGGGUAGGUACCCAGAGACCCUUGAAGGCAGUGGAACCUCCUGCCAAUGCCUUGAACAGGAUGCUAAGUGUAUCACUUGAAGUGCCAUGUUUCGUUUUUUUCCAGUCUUUUCAUUAGGACGGUGGGUGGGUUAACCAUUUCCUCCCCCAUUGUGUUCCCUAUUAAAUUGCCUCUAUGCUGCCAUGAUGGCCAGUGGUGGCAGCUUUCACCUGGGACUAUCAUAGUGCGGGAGGAAAGGUUGUACCUUUUUGCAGUCCCUCGUUUUUUUCCUUUUAAUAAAAAUUAAAAUGCAACUUUCCCUUCUUUUCUCCCCACCCCCAUCGUGGCCUGUUAUUAGUAAAAGAGAGAGAGAGAACAUGAAAUUUCAAGGGCUGUGUUUUUCAGUAUUAUAUGUAAGUUGGUCCUUUAUAUUACAUGAACUGCAAACAUUGGUAGAGAUCUGGCUUGAUGCUACAUCAGAAUGAGUUAUUGCUCUUCAGAUAUUGUUAGUGUCUGUAGCUGGAGCUAGAUGACCACUCUUUUCCAGAAUAGAAAGGGCUUGCUGCUUUCAAAUCUACAAACACAUCCCAUUUUUAUCUCUGUUAAACAGACUUUAAAAAAAGUACAGACACUUGUGUGCUGCUGUCUGGUUCUGGCAUAUGCAGUGUGUCCUAAAUUCACACACACACACACCCUUGAAAAUUGCUGGAUGUUUUGGAACACUGCUUUAUUUUGUUGCAAUUGUUAAUAUGCUAUGCCAGAUGCUGUAGGAUGUUUCAGUGUAUUUUUAUUGCUGCUGUUAUUUAUUACAUACUGCAUUUCAUUGUUUUGCAAAUGGCAUUCUAACUGUACUGCAAUUCUAUGUAAAAGUACAAUGUACAAAAUAAAAGCAGCAAUAAAAAUGCAAUAUCAUUAUUAAAUGUGAUAAAUGUGCUGUUUCCUUGUCUUCAACCACAGAUUCACAGACGCAGUAUGGUAACUCCUGCAAUCCUGGCCAUUGCAAUCUACUGUAGCCUGUAUACUUGUGUAUUUACAAUGUGGCUUUCUUCUGUACAUCAUCGUGGUUCCUGAACU